AUGGUAUCUUAUGUUUUAUUCUUCCAGCCUGUUGCCUUCCAAGGUCAUAUCAAUAAAACAGCUGCAGCGGCUUAUUUAGCUUCAAUGAAUGGAAACCCUGGUGGCGCACUUACUACUGCUACUGCUGCAGCUGUCCACUCGUCAGCGUCUAACGCGAUUUCCUGUCCUGUCUGUUCCAGCCUUGGUUCGUCGAGCACGAUACAUAUGACAAUCAGCAAUUGUGGGUCUAGUGUGCCCUUGGUCUCAUUGUCCGGCAAAGAUGAAGCUGGGACACGAUCCUCUUCCUCAUCUUCCUCCACAUCAGCUCAGCUUAGCAGUGGACUCAAAGCCGUAUCCAACAUUUUUCCCACCUCAAAAGCAUCUUUAUCCUCUUUAGCCACCACGGCUUCAGCUGGUGGUACGACAGGUUGCAAUAGUUCGCCUGUUGCUGUCAUUAGUACAGCAAUGUCAAAUUGUGAAUUGAAUGGUCCUAUUAUUGCUGAUCUAUCUUGUUCACAAGCAUCCCUUAGUUCAACCGGACUACCUGGUUCAUCAAUAUGCCAGACCUCGGGACUAGGUUCAACUGCAUCGACAGGCCCCAUCAACCGCAGCGAUAUCGUGGCUUCCACUGCCUCUGUUUCUGCAAUUGCUUCUCCUCCUGAUGGGUUUGGUCCUGACGGUAUAGUUGUCAGGCCUGCCUCGGGCAGUGACGCCACCACAAACAGCUGUAAUACCAGCGGCAACACAGGCAGUGGCCAAUCUGUACUUAAUUGCCGCAAGACUUCAUUGGUUGAGACUAACGGUUCCAGUGUCUCUCGAGACUUGGAACUCAACUAUCUGACUUCAUGA